GCAAGACUUCUAGUUGCCUACCGACCACAGUCGGCUAAACUUGGCCUUCCUGGACGAUCCAACUGCUGUUUUUAUUUUCUGUUUGUUUACUUACGCAAGUGCGAUUCCUACUAGUUCAGUUGUUUUUUUGUUAUUCCAAUCGAGGACGUACGUUCAUCCAGACGACUCCCAUCUUAUCAGUUAACGCAUCAACAUGCAUAUCAUUACCUUUAUGCCAGUACUCUUCCUCCUAAUGCAACCAAAUGUCAUCUACGGUGAAGUUUUCACCGCCUUGGUGGACAUGGAGGGCCUCAUCUCAACUGAGCUGGAGCUUGUAAGGCACCUUGACAAUUACAUUCAAGCUGAAGAGACAAGGCUGAAGCAACUGAGAAAAUAUUUGGAAGAAUAUGAAAGCAUAUAUCAAGAAGCUAGUGCAGAUGUCACCAAAUACUUGGCCAAUCCCAUCAAUGCUUAUUUGCUUGUCAAACGCCUUACUGCCGACUGGAAGCAGGUAGAAGGAGUCAUGACCCAGAAUGUUGGCCCUGCCUUUGUUCACAAUAUCACCCAGCACCGUGGUGUGUUACGUUUCCCGUCUGAUGAGGACUUGAAUGGAGCUGCUGUAGCUCUCAUGCGGCUGCAAGAUACUUAUAAAUUGGAUACUCACGCUUUAGCAGAAGGAAAGCUCCUUGGCAAAAAGUAUUCUCGUCAGCUUACCGCUGGCGAUUGCUGGGAACUUGGACGUCAAUCAUACAACAACGGUGAUCACUACCACACUGUUCUUUGGAUGGGAGAAGCAUUGAACAAAUUCGAAGAUGAGUCAAACAAAACAGUUUCUCGCCAAGAUAUUCUCGAAUACUUGGCUUUUUCAACCUUCAAACAAGGCAAUGUCAAGGAGGCUCUGCAGUUGACCCACGAGCUGCUUAAAAUUGUUCCCUUCCACCAGCGUGCUCUUGGAAACAAAAAGUACUACGAAGACCUCCUUCGCCAACAGGGAGUAAUUCAGCGUCGCGGAGAGACUGGAGACGUCGAAAACAUGAUCAUGGAUGAACCGUUCAACACUGCCAAUUUGAAGCUGACCAAGCCAAGUGAUCACUUGCCCGAACGCGAAAACUACGAAAAGCUUUGCAGAGGUGAGAAACUGAUGGAUCCCAAAAUCGAAGGCCGUCUGCGAUGCCGCCUUGUAACCAAUAACGUGCCAUUUUUGUACAUUCAACCCGUUAAGAUGGAAGAAGCGUACCAUAAACCGCUGAUUGUUAUUUAUCACAAUGUCAUAUCCGACGAUGAGAUGGAGACUGUUAAGAAGAUGGCCCAACCUAGGUUUAAACGAGCCACCGUACAGAACAGUGUGACUGGUAACCUCGAACCAGCCAACUAUCGCAUUUCUAAAUCAGCCUGGUUGAAGAGCGAAGAACACGAUCAUGUCUUAAAGGUGACCCGCCGUGUUGGCGCUAUUACUGGACUAGAUAUGGCCACAGCCGAGGAUCUCCAAGUAGUCAACUACGGCAUUGGUGGACAUUACGAGCCACAUUUUGAUUACGCCAGGCCUUCGGAGGUUAAAGCCUUUCAAGGACUUGGCACUGGCAAUCGCAUCGCAACAUGGCUGAUGUAUAUGAGUGACGUCGAGGCUGGUGGCGCGACCGUCUUCCCCAAACUCAACCUGGCCCUAUGGCCACAAAAAGGAAGUGCCGCCUUCUGGUACAAUUUGCAUCCAAAUGGUGAAGGUAACGAGCUGACCCGCCAUGCUGCCUGUCCCGUCCUUACUGGAUCCAAAUGGGUAUCCAAUAAAUGGAUUCAUGAACGAAAUCAAGAAUUCCGUCAUCCUUGCGGUUUGAAAUACGACACCGGAAUGUAGUUUUAUACCAGUUAAAAAAAGAAAAACGCAAUCUCAUAUCUUUCUACUCAAUGUUCUUUUCUGCCGAGGCACAAUCUCGUCUUUAUUUUUUUCUUGAUUUGAAGGCGCGUGAAACCAAAACUAUAUCUUAAUUCCUAUAUUUACGAAAUAUUGGUUUCAAACUUUUUCCUAUAUUGCAUUCUUCUGGAUUGUUCGGCAUCAUCAAUUCUGAUAAUCGACCAACGUUUAUCGAUGGGGGUCCUGUUUCAUGAAAUUUUCUGCGGGAUCGGAUCAUUUUUUUUUAUUGAUUUAUUUUUAAUUUUUUUUGUGUGUACCCACAAGUGUCUAAUACAGUGUGCCAUGUCA